CUGUUUAAUAAUUUAACUGUCGUCUUCACAUCCACUCAUCAUCAAUAGCUCUUCGGCGACAGAACAGAACACACAGCCACUGACAAAAACUAAACACUUCGCACGUCACACAUUCUCUCUCUAAUCGCCGGCGAUGGAGAGCUUCGCACUUCACUCUCUCUCCACCACCGCCGCUUCAUUCUCCCACCAUCCCUCACGCCUCUCUCUCCUCCGCCGCAUCUCAUCGAGAUCUCCGCCACCAACCAUCUCUCUCCCUUCUCUCCGAUCUCACUCCGUUCAGCCUCUCACCUUCCCUCUCCUCAAACCAAUCCCUCGUCUCUCCGCACGGAUCGCCGCCGCACCACGCGACAACAUCCCUCCUCCUCCUCCUUCUCAACCUUCCGAACCACCGUCCUCUCAACCGCCGCAAGGAGCGAAGCUCCUCCCCCUGAUCCUCUCCCUCUCCGUCGGUCUAAUCCUCCGAUUCGCCGUCCCUCUACCGGAAGGUCUCACCCCGCAAGGCUGGCAGCUUCUCUCCAUCUUCCUCUCCACAAUCGCGGGCCUCGUACUCAGCCCACUUCCCGUCGGAGCUUGGGCCUUCAUGGGCCUCACCGCUUCGAUCGUCACCAAAACGCUUUCCUUCUCCGCAGCGUUCUCCGCGUUCACGAGCGAGGUCAUCUGGCUGAUCGUCAUCUCCUUCUUCUUCGCUCGCGGGUUCGUUAAGACAGGUCUCGGUGAUAGGAUCGCUACUUACUUCGUGAAGUGGCUUGGGAAGAGCACGUUAGGUUUGUCUUAUGGGUUGACGAUUAGUGAAGCUUUGAUUGCUCCUGCGAUGCCGAGUACGACGGCUAGAGCCGGUGGCAUUUUCUUGCCGAUCAUCAAGUCGCUUUCGUUGUCGGCGGGGAGUAAACCGGGAGAUUCUUCUUCGAGGAAGUUAGGUUCUUACUUGAUCCAAAACCAGUUUCAGUGUGCUGGAAACUCUAGUGCUCUGUUCUUGACAGCCGCAGCUCAAAAUUUACUGUGUCUCAAGCUAGCUGAGGAGCUUGGAGUAGUAAUAGCAAACCCAUGGGUUUCUUGGUUCAAGGCAGCUAGUCUACCGGCAAUCAUAUCGCUUCUUUGUACACCACUAAUCCUCUAUAAGCUCUACCCUCCAGAAACCAAAGACACACCGGAAGCUCCAGGUAUUGCUGCUUUGAAACUCAAGCAGAUGGGUCCCGUCACUAAAAACGAAUGGAUCAUGGUCGGAACAAUGCUUCUUGCUGUCACUCUUUGGAUCUGCGGAGAGAGUCUUGGGAUACCAAGUGUUGUAGCUGCGAUGAUCGGUCUCUCUAUACUACUUCUCCUUGGUGUUCUUAACUGGGACGAUUGUUUAAGCGAAAAAUCAGCGUGGGACACAUUAGCUUGGUUUGCGGUCUUGGUGGGGAUGGCAGGACAGCUCACGAACCUCGGUGUUGUUACAUGGAUGUCUGAUUGUGUAGCCAAAGUGUUACAGUCCCUCUCCUUGAGCUGGCCUGCUGCGUUUGGUCUUCUCCAAGCAGCGUACUUCUUCAUUCACUAUCUUUUCGCAAGUCAAACGGGUCACGUUGGAGCUCUCUUCUCAGCUUUCUUAGCUAUGAAUAUAGCAGCAGGUGUUCCAGGGGUAUUAGCUGCACUUGCUUUGGCGUAUAACACCAAUCUUUUUGGUGCUUUGACUCAUUACAGUAGUGGUCAAGCCGCUGUCUACUAUGGAGCUGGUUAUGUUGAUCUACCUGAUGUAUUCAAGAUUGGAUUUGUGAUGGCUACGAUUAAUGCUAUCAUCUGGGGAGUAGUUGGAACUUUCUGGUGGAAGUUUUUGGGUCUCUAUUAAGAGAAGUUGGUUGUUAUUUGAAGCUUACAACGACGUUAAAAUCUCUGUUCAUCAUUUGGUUUCGGAGGGUUUUUGUUUCCUCCCCUUUUCAUUUACUUGCGAUUAGAAAAUACGACAACUCCUUGUAACAUAGAUAUACAGAGAUUUGUCACAUGGAGCUCUGGUCUCUUCUCUUUUUA